AAUCCAAUCUCCCAAACCUCCAAGCGCUCCUCAACCUCCCCUCGCACCGGCGACAUGGCCCGCACCAAGCAGACGGCGAGGAAGUCCACCGGCGGCAAGGCGCCGAGGAAGCAGCUGGCGACCAAGGCCGCCCGCAAGUCCGCCCCGGCCACCGGCGGCGUCAAGAAGCCCCACCGCUUCCGCCCCGGCACCGUCGCGCUCCGCGAGAUCCGCAAGUACCAGAAGAGCACCGAGCUGCUCAUCCGCAAGCUCCCCUUCCAGCGCCUCGUCCGCGAGAUCGCCCAGGACUUCAAGACCGACCUCCGCUUCCAGUCCUCCGCCGUCUCCGCCCUGCAGGAGGCCGCCGAGUCCUACCUCGUCGGGCUGUUCGAGGACACCAACCUCUGCGCCAUCCACGCCAAGCGCGUCACCAUCAUGCCCAAGGACAUCCAGCUCGCUCGCCGCAUCCGUGGAGAGAGGUAUAACUCAUGGAAAAGAAGUUUGUUCCCUGCAGAAAAACUGAAGAGAAUCCACCGGUCCAGGUUUCAGGCCCCCCAAAUCUCGAGAACGCGUCUCCCAGCCCACGCCUACAGCCCAAAAUUUUCGAGCUCCCGCCACAGCUCUGACCCAGGCCGCCAAUCCACCGGCCAAGCUUUCGGCCAGGUCACCGAUCCGCGGCAUCUGUCCCCCGGAUCGCCGUCUCGACCGUCCACUCCAUCCGCAUCGAACGGCAGGCAGAUGCCUCCUCAACCUCUCGUCCCCUUUAAAACGCCCUUCGCCCCUCUCCCCAAAUCACAGCACCAGUCACCACCACCGUUCCUCACAUUCCACAUCCGCUCGCUCGCUCGCAGCUCGAGAUCGUCAGCCAUGUCCGGGCGCGGCAAGGGAGGCAAGGGGCUCGGCAAGGGCGGCGCCAAGCGCCACAGGAAGGUGCUGCGCGACAACAUCCAGGGCAUCACCAAGCCGGCGAUCCGGCGUCUGGCGCGCCGUGGCGGCGUGAAGCGCAUCUCGGGGCUCAUCUACGAGGAGACCCGCGGCGUGCUCAAGAUCUUCCUCGAGAACGUCAUCCGCGACGCCGUCACCUACACCGAGCACGCCCGCCGCAAGACCGUCACCGCCAUGGACGUCGUCUACGUCAUAAACGACCCCUUCCCUCUGCCCCUCCCGAUUCUCUCCCUCUCCCCCAUUCUCCCUCGAGCCAUGGCGGCGGCUGGUAAAGUGAGCGGUGAGGGUGAUACAGUAGGCGGCGACGGAGGGACAAGAGGUGAUGAUGACGGCUUCUCGGAGUUGGACAACUGGCUCGACAACAAUAGCUUGCCGACGCAGCGAGCUGCUUCCACAGAGUUCCAUUCGACCUCCCCGCGCACCGGCGACAUGGCCCGCACCAAGCAGACGGCGAGGAAGUCCACCGGCGGCAAGGCGCCGAGGAAGCAGCUGGCCACCAAGGCCGCCCGCAAGUCCGCCCCGGCCACCGGCGGCGUCAAGAAGCCCCACCGCUUCCGCCCCGGCACCGUCGCGCUCCGCGAGAUCCGCAAGUACCAGAAGAGCACCGAGCUGCUCAUCCGCAAGCUCCCCUUCCAGCGCCUCGUCCGCGAGAUCGCCCAGGACUUCAAGACCGACCUCCGCUUCCAGUCCUCCGCCGUCUCCGCCCUGCAGGAGGCCGCCGAGUCCUACCUCGUCGGCCUCUUCGAGGACACCAACCUCUGCGCCAUCCACGCCAAGCGCGUCACCAUCAUGCCCAAGGACAUCCAGCUCGCCCGCCGCAUCCGUGGAGAGAGGGCCUAGGCUGCUCUCUGGAAGCUGUGGUCGUUUGUUAGGUCCAUCAUCUUAGCCUUUGUUCCGCGGUGGAAAUGUGCGUGCUAGUUUAUGUUCGUGCCAUGGUGGAUGUAGUGUGCCUGUCUGGUGUCACCAUCUUGUUGUCAUCGGUAAUUUAAAUGAGAAAUGUUGGAUAUCUGUUCUUA